GGGCUGGCCGCGGCAUAAAUAGGAGCCCGGCGGCGCGGGCUGCCAGGAGCGGUGACUGGAGCUCGCUUGGCGGAGCGCGGAGACAGACAGACACCAGGCACCGCCGGGGAAUCCCGUCCCAGCAAGGCGCCCCCAUGACUCUGAACCGCGGGGACAAGCCGCGCUACCUGGAGAAGCGGCGCUGCAGCACGCCCUUCGCCGCCCACCAGCACCUGCACCGGCGGAGCAUGCCCGUGGAUGACCGGGAGCUGCAGGCGUCCGUCCCGCCCGGCGCGCUGCUGGGCGAGUUCUCCCCGCUGGUGCGCUGCACCUCCUACAACCCGGACCGCGAGAGCUGGGCGUCCGACUCCUCCGACUCGGUCAUCUCCUCGGGCAGCGACUCCGACAGCAACCUCUACAAGGUGAUCCUGCUGGGCGAGCACGGCGUGGGCAAGACCAGCCUGGCCCGGAUCUUCGGCGGGGUGGAGGACUGCCCCGAGGCGGAGGAGGCAGGGAAUACAUAUAACAGAUCGAUUAUAGUCGAUGGAGAAGAAGCUUCUCUCAUAGUGUUUGACAUAUGGGAGCAGGACGACAGUCAGUGGCUUCAAAAUCAUUGUAUGAAAAUGGGGGAUGCCUAUAUUAUUGUGUACUCAGUGACAGACAAAGUUAGUUUUGAAAAGGCCUCAGAACUGAGAAUUCAGCUAAGAAGAGCAAGACAAACAGAAGAUAUUCCCAUCAUUCUUGUAGGGAAUAAAAGUGACCUUGUCCGAUCCAGAGAAGUCUCAGUAGAUGAGGGUCGGGCCUGCGCUGUGGUGUUUGACUGCAAAUUCAUUGAGACGUCGGCUGCUCUUCAUCAUAAUGUGAAGGACCUGUUUGAAGGUAUCAUUCGACAAAUCAGACUUCGCAAAGACAGUAAGGAAGACAAUGCCAGGAGAAUGGCCAACACAAAAAGAAGAGAAAGCAUAAGCAAAAAGGCAAAGCGAUUCCUUGGGAGAAUUGUGGCAAAGAACAAUAAGAAGAUGGCUUUCAAGGCAAAGUCAAAGUCUUGCCAUGAUUUAUCUGUGCUUUAGAAUCUUUCGGCAAGGCCAGAUGCUGCCCAUGGGUUGUGAACAAGCAUUUGACUUAUGAAAAGUGUGGACAAACCUAUGUGACUUAUUUGGGACUCUCCCUAAUGCCUUAUGGCUAAUAAGCAAGACCUGGAAGUUGUAUUACCAUGUUCACUUCAGUGGUAAAUGGUUUAAGCAUCAGUGUGCAAGUAAAUGAACUAAUUUUAAACAAGUGGCUUCAUAUGCCCUCGUUUUCACUGUGUACAUUUGUUGCAUGUCCUCCUGUCCUGUGGAUACCAGAGAUGCAAAGAUAAAGGAUGAUAGGAAGUGAAAUAUCA